AGAUAUUCGUUUAGUCGGCAAAAUACUUUUGCAUUGCGUAGCUCGGUGAAAAGCAAUCAAAAUGAUUGACUCCUUAUUUCCACCAUGUGUCGAUCCCACACCGCUGCCGAUGUCUCAAAGUCUUUGGCCUAUUACCAUUAUAGUUGCGCUCUAUUUGCUAUUCGUGCUGUGGCUGGGACGACAGUUUAUGGCCAAUCGAGAGCCAUUCCAGCUGCGUGGAGUAAUCAAGAUCUACAAUAUAGUGCAGAUCAUCUUCAAUGUAGCGCUUUUCAUUGGAGGUGUGAGAAUAGUGAAUGUCAACAGCUUUUACAGACUGAAUUGCAUGCUGGUAGUGCCCAUGGAUCAUCCGUAUAAAAGCGCCGAUCGCUUGUUGGCCUAUGCGUAUAUGGUGAACAAAGUGUUGGAUCUAAUGGAUACUGUCUUUAUGGUGUUGCGCAAGAGCUACAAGCAGAUUUCAUUAUUGCAUUUGAUACAUCAUGUGUACAUGGCGGCGGCAGCGUUUCUGAUACCCAGAAUAUAUGGCUAUGGCGGUCAUAUAAUGGUCACGGGCUUUCUGAAUGUCUUCAUACAUGCAAUCAUGUACUCCUACUAUUAUUUGUCUGCCGUCAAUCCGCAGAUUAAGCAGAGCAGCUGGUGGAAGAAAUACAUAACCAUAAUGCAAAUGAUGCAGUUUGUGAUUAUCCUAGCCCACAAUGCUUGGACCUAUAUGCAGCCAGAUUGUGCAGUGCCCAGGAGUCAGAUUUGGAUGGUCUUCUUCAUGGCAUCGCUGAUGGUGGUGAUGUUUACCAAUUUUUAUAUACAUACCUAUAUACUGCCAAAGCGACAAGUUAAGAACAAAAGCAAGCAGAACUAAAAUAAAUGCAGCCCAAGAGUUUUAUAUACAAUGUAUAAUAA